AAACAACUGUUCCCAAGCUCGGGCAGUUGCGGGAAGUUCAAGAGGAGCAAGCUUCUUUGUACGCCAACCGCAGAUUUCGAAAAAUUGUGUGCCGCCUUUGGAACUUAGAAUUGAUAACGGCUUCGGUCGAAGUCGGCGCUGCGGAACAAACGCGAUCUCUAGGCGGUGGGUUGGCCGCCGCGUAUUUGUCAAACACAACCAACAACAGUCGCCGGCCGGUCACAAGGGAGACGCCGGCUGCGGUGGCUGAGCAGAGGGAAUAUUUCGACAGAGCGAUAGUCGCGCCAUUUCAGAGUCAGAGUCAGAGCAGCCAUGUGUUUCGGCAGCAAGAACGACGCCCGCGGGGGGGAUGCGCCCCGGCCGGCCCCGAGCCCGCAGCCGCUGGCCUCGGAACAGAAGCCGAGUGUGCCGGGGCGGCACCCCCGGCCAGCAAGUAACGAGUAUGCCCCGCCUCCUGGACCGCCUCCGUCCCACCGUCCGCCGGUGACUACGGGAGCGGACGAUUUCGCUCCGCCGCCGGGGCCGCCUCCGUCUCGCCGGCCUGCGGCGGGUCCCUCCGGAGACGACUUUGCUCCCCCGCCUGGUCCUCCUCCAGGCCACGCGGCCGACGACUUCGCUCCGCCCCCCGGUCCACCCCCGUCUCACAGGCCGCACGACGAUCUGAGCUACAUCGCACCGCCCCCCGGCCCGCCCCCGGCCCAGAGCCAGCCCAAGCCGCAGCACGACUGGGAGGCCGCGGUGCCGGAUACCUCGCUCUUCCCGCCGCCGCCGAGCUUCUUCUCGGGCUUCGACCGCUCGCCGGCCAACAACGCGACCGAGGCCGAGGCCGAGGCCGGCGAGCGCUGGUGCGCCCAGCACCCGCUGACCGCGCCGCUCACCCUGGACGGCCCCGCCAUCGCCGCCCUUGCCGCCCACAACCCGCGCCUGAUGCAGCCCGACGGCUUCCGCGGCACCCUCGUGUGCACCGCGCCCGGCGUCUGGGCCGGCACCACCACCUCCCGCGCGACCGACUCCACCAUCAUCGCCUACCCGCCCCUCUACACCGUGACGCAGCACUCGCCGCUAUCCCCGGCCCGCCCGCCGACCAAGACGAUCUACUACGAGGUGCAGCUGACUCACGCGCACAACGGCCGGCGGCCCGGCGACAUCUGCCUGGCGCUGGGGUUCGCGGCGCUGCCGUACCCGUCGUUCCGCAUGCCCGGGUGGCACCGCGGGUCGCUGGCGGUGCACGGCGACGACGGGCACCGCUUCGUCAACGACCGGUGGGGCGGCAAGGCGUUCACCGCGCCGUUCGCGCGCGGCGAGCGCCUCGGCCUGGGCAUGACCUUCACCGCUGCCAGUGGCAGCGGAAAUGGAGCUCGGGGUCGCAUCGAGACGGAGGUGUUCUUCACCCGCCAGGGCAGGGAGGUCGGCCGGUGGAACCUGCACGAGGAGACGGAUGCCGAGCAGGACCUGCCCGUCACCGGGCUCGAGGGGUACCACGACCUCAGCUGCGCGGUGGGCACCUGCGGCGAGACCGGGUUCGAGGUGCUGUUUGACCCGGCGAGGUGGCUGUUUAAACCUCAGGGGUAUUACUAACAUGACCGGGAGUUAUGGAGAACGGGCAGCCGGAGGAGGGACUUGGUUCUUCAGCCGCUCUUGGGGGAUGCGCUGAGCACAGACGUGUGUAUCUGUAGCGUUUGUAUUCUUAUAAUGCAUCUGAUGAACCACGGAGUAUGUACAAGUGCAAUUGCCGACGGGGUAUCAAU